AUGGCGUCUUCCUUAGGGAAUAUUCUGCUCGAGGGCGACCAGGGCGACCUUGAUCCGCCUCCAUGGCCGCACCCUCCCUGGCUGACUACGUGCCCCCAGCCUUCCGCUGGGUCCAUCCGCCAGAGGAAGGGGACUCUCCCUUCCCCACCCGUCAGGGGAAUCAAGCGUGGAGCCCAGGUGCAGGCGCGGUUGGUGGAGGACGAAGAGGAGCUGGUAGAGUUUUUCGGUCAGUUGUGGGUUAUCAAUUCCCCACCUCCGCGUUCUAGGGUUCCAUUAGCCUCUGACGCCACCGCAACUUUUAAUCCUUGGAACCUCUUCUGGAUCCGGAAGGAGUUGGUCCGCUCAAAGAAGAUCUCACCGGAGGAUUGCUUUCCUGUUCGGAGCUCAGUUUCGCGAAGGACAUCUGGGGCAGAGGUGGGGAGAAGGAUUCGUACUCUGCGGUGCUCUAGCGGGAUUCCAUGGCAGAGGGCGGGCGCUGGGUUUGGCAACCGGAGCCGCGUCGACCAGUUCAGCAAUGCCCUCCCCGACCGUCGCCACCGAGGUAUCCUCCCCAACCACUGUAGGGCUGGGUGGAUCAAGGGUGGAGGAACCAACCGUAUAAUCCCAAUCCCAUUCCACCUCCCCAACCUCAACCUUAGUAUCAACAGCGGCAGCAACCACAGCCCCAGCCUCAGCAGCGGCAGCAACCACCUCCUCAACAACCACGACAACAAGCUAAGCGGGGUGCUACUCAAGGCAGAGGACAGGGCAAUUAGGAGUCUGAACUCCCUCCUUUCAGCAUUGAUCCAAGUCAAGACUGGCCAGAUUUCCCUAGCAGAAUUGGAGCAGGAAUUAUCUGAGAUAUAUUGCAAGGAAUGGCCUUGGCAGAUUAGGGAAUUGGAAGAGGGAAUGUUUCUGAUGAGGUUUCCUCCUCACAAAAAGGUCUCUGACAUCAAGAAUUACCCCUCCUUCAAUCUUAGAAAAGAUGGGGUGCAAGUUGAGGUGCUUGAAUGGAUUGGUGACUUGAAACCAUAUGGGGAGUUGCAAGAGGUCUGGGUCCAGUUGAGGGUAUACCUCCUAGGUGGUGUCAUUGGAAGGUCUUUGCCCAAGUUGCUUCGGGAUUUGGUUUAUUGGUUGAUGUGGAUUGGGCAACUGUGUUUAAAACAUUCUAUGAGACUGGGAAAGGAAUUGCUACUGACAAUGGAGAUGAUGGGGGUAAUGAUGGGCACAAUAGAGAAGGAUAAGCAGCCAACCCUGGGAGACAGUAGUAGCUUUAAGACUCCAGCCCCAAGCACUAAGCCGAGCCACACCUCUGGUUACAAGACAUGUAAUGUUGGGAUAGAGAUUCUGGAUGUUAUGCAACAGGACAAAAUGCUGUUGCAGCAUAUGAGUCCUUUGGUAUUAUCUGCAAAGGACAAGUUGACUAAUGUGGGAAGAGAAAUUGCUGAAUCUACUAGUUUAGUAUUCCAGCCAGCUGAACAGAGGGUUGAUACAAGCUUACUGGGGGAAAGGCUUAAGCCAAUAGAGCCUAUAGGUGGUGCUAUUCACUGUGUUGACAUAGGUCUUAUCAAUCUAGAAGGGUGCAACAAUUUUGACUGUUGGAAAACUGCUGAUGAAAUGAUGCAGAGGGGAUCUGACUGUCAUAUUGUGGGGAACAGAGCUCUGCAUGAUAUGCUGGAUGAAUCUCAAAACUCUAAGUGGGAAGAGUUUAGGAAGUUGGCUAAGUCUGUAAGUGAUACUGCUGAAUGUUCUUUUCUGUUGAAACAAAUGGAACUGGAGGACUUUGAAGCAGAAGAGGAAGGCUGUGAGGAAACUGAGUUCAUGUCUCUGGAUAUGGAUAUCACUUCCCAGAAAGUAGUCAACCUGGAUAAGGAGACUGAACUUGUACAAGAUAAGGGAAACAUGAACAAGAGGAAGAAGCAGUGGGGGCCAACACAAAGGGUAGAUAGACCUAGAAGAUUUCCUAAGGAUGGGAAGACUGUCUUACAAAGGGCUAAGGAGUUGAAAGAGCAGAAAAAUUUAUGUAAAGGAGAAAAUAAUGAGGCGGUUAACCAUGUUAUUGAUUGCAUUAGAGAUAAGGAAAUAGCUUGUAGAGCUAAUUUUGAGGAUAGGAGUCUGGAGGUUAACCUCCCUGCUGAUUUGGAGGAGAUUAAAAAAGAAUCUUUUGAGGAUUCCUUCUUAAACUAUAUACAUAGAGACUUUGCCUGGCAGUUCUUUCCUGCUAUAGGAACAACUGGUGGUAUUUUGGUAGGGUUUAAUAACAAAAAAUUUGAUAUAUUGGCUCACCAAUUGAAAACCUAUGCUAUUUCUGUUAUGAUCAAGAAUUGUGUUGACAAUUUUAUUUGGAGAUUCAUUUGUGUGUAUGGUUCUGCUUAUGAGGAAGGAGAGAGGAAAAAACCAAAUAUGUUUAGGUUUGAAAAAUGGUGGCUGCAACAACCAGAUUUUAAGGAUCUGGUCAAAAAAGUUUGGAAUACUGAAUGUAUUUUUACUGAUCCUUUGGAUAUUUGGCAGUUUAAGGUUAGGUUGUUGAGGAAAAAAGUGAAGGGUUGGGCUAUUAAUAUUAAUGCUGAAAUUAGGAAACAAAAGCAAAAUCUCCUUAAGGAGUUUGAUAUUCUUGACAUUAAACAAGAGACAAGUAUCCUAUCCCUUGCUGAGAGGGAUAGGAUGGAUAAUAUUAUUAGAGAUUUGGAGGCCAUUUGGAACAUGGAGGAAGUGAAGGCAAGACAGAGAUCUAGAGAUAGAUGUGUAAAGGUGGGUGAUCGAAACACAGCUUACUUCCAAGCUAUUGCAAAUCAAAGAAAUAGGAAAAAGAGGAUUGAAUGUCUAGAAGGUGAGGAAGGUCUUUUGACAGACCACGAGUCUAUGAUAGAGCAUGCUAUGGGUUUCUAUAAGAAAUUCUUUGCUCAAGAGGAGGAUUAUGGGGUUAAGCUAGAUACAAAUUUUUGGGGAGAGGAGGAUAAAGUGACAGUUGAUGAGAAUGAGUUCUUAGAAGCCCCUUUCACUGUGGAAGAAAUUAAAGAUGCUGUUUUCAGCUCCUACGCUGAGGGAGCACCUGGCCCUGAUGGCUUCUCUUUUCUUUUCUACCAAAACUUUUGGGAUGUCAUUAAGAAAUAUUUUAUGAACCUUGUUAGGGCCUUUGAGAAUGGGGAGUUAAACAUGGAUAGAUUGAACUAUGCCAUGAUUACUUUAGUUCCUAAGGAGCCUGAUGCCAGGAAUCUUAAGAAAUUUAGACCUAUCAGCCUUUUGAACUGUAGUUUUAAAUUUUUUGGUAAAGCUAUAAAUAACAGGCUCAUUAAAGUGGUUGACAUACUGAUUACUAAUAAUCAAUUUGCUUUUAUCAAAGGUAGGUUUAUUUUGGAAAGUGUGGUUGCUGCUGACGAAAUAGUUCAUGACAUAUAUAGAAAUAAAGAAAAAGGGAUUAUCCUGAAGCUAGACUAUGAGAAAGCAUACGAUCGUGUGAGUUGGCCAUUUAUAGAGGAUAUGCUUUGCUCUAGAGGUUUUGGUAGUAGAUGGAGAGGAUGGAUUAUGAGAUUAGUUAAAGGUGGUUCCAUUUGUGUGUGGGUUAAGGAUGAUAAUAGCAGCUACUUUAAAUCCGGGAAAGGACUUAGACAAGGUGACCCUCUCUCACCUCUGCUUUUUAAUCUAGUUGCAGAUGUGUUCACUAGGAUGCUUUUGAAGGCAUCUAGGUAUAAUUUGAUUUCUGGUUUACUACCACAGGUUACUAUUGGAGGAAUUAUUAGCCUGCAAUAUGCAGACGACACUUUAUUGUUCUUUGAGAAUGAUGUAGAGAAAGCUAACAAUCAGAAAUGGAUUUUGAACUGUUAUGAGUUUAUGUCUGGCAUGAGAAUUAACUAUGAUAAGAGUGAUCUACUUACUAUAAGGCUAGAAGAGGAGGAAGCAAAUUGCUUUGCAAAAUUUUUUUGUUGUAAGGAGUGA